AUGGCCGGCUUGGAACCGGAAUGCGAGAUUCCUGUUGCUUUAGCAGAGGUCGAACGUCAUGAGAAAAUUGCCUGCGACUAUGCAUUGCAAAAGAAGCAUACGAUAUCAGAUGCAACUGUCGAAAAGGUUGAUCCCCUUCACGAGGGUUUGGAAUUUCCAACCGAGGAAGAGCUCGUCACCCUUCGCAGAAUGCCAGAUGCCAUACCGUGGACUGCUUAUAUGAUCGCCGUCGUGGGACUGGCUGAACGAUUUUCUUACUAUGGUGCAAGUGCGGUCUUCGUAAAUUUCAUUCAACAACCACUCCCACCCCAUUCAACCACCGGCGCAGACGGGUUGCAUGGCCAAUCCGGUGCUCUUGGAAGGGGUCAACAAAUGUCCGCAGGCCUCACGACAUUUUAUCAGUUCUGGUCGUUCGUAACGCCUAUUGCAGGUGCCUACGUUGCGGACACGUAUUGGGGUCGUUACAAAACCGUUUGUGUGUGCGUCGCAAUUUCCAUGUUCGGUCAAGUUAUCAUGAUUAUCUCGGCCGUACCUGGUAUCAUUGGAGGCAAUGCCUCUCUCGGUCUUUUUAUUCUUUCUUUGAUCGUCACUGGCAUGGGGGCCGGCGGGUUCAAGUCCAAUAUCUCCCCUCUGGUAGCGGAACAGUACCGCCGGACAAAGAUGUUUAUCUCGGUAACGAAGACAGGGGAACGCGUGAUUAUGGACCCCAGCUUGACAACGUCUAGAAUUUACAUGUAUUUUUACUUCUUCAUUAACAUCGGCGCGCUCGUGGGUCAGGUAGGUGUGGUAUACGUGGAAAAGUUCAUCGGGUACUGGCUGGCCUAUACUCUUCCGACCGUUGUUUUCCUUCUUUCCCCCUUGGUCUUGUGGUAUGGACAUGGCAAGUAUCACACUUCACCGCCGACGGGUUCAGUGCUCGCCACUGCGAUCCGUGUCUGGCGUUUUGCUAUGCGCGGAAGAUGGUGCUGGAAUCCUAUCAAGACCAUUCGGAACCUCACCGCCGACGACUUCUGGGAGAGUGCCAAGCCAAGCAAGGUGGUCGGUGAAAAACCGGCGUGGAUGAAGUUUGAUGAUAACUGGGUAGAAGAGGUUCGGCGCGGAUUUAAAGCUUGUUCUGCGUUCUUGUGGUUCCCGGUUUAUUGGUUGUCGUACAAUCAAUUGAACAACAAUUUAACGUCGCAAGCUGCCACCAUGAGCACACACGGUCUACCCAACGACGUUCUUCCUGAUCUGGAUCCUUUGGCUCUCAUCAUCUUCAUCCCGCUGUGCGACUUGGUUCUCUACCCAGCUCUCGUCCGAUGGAGGAUCAACUUCAGACCCCUGCAAAGAAUCGCUCUUGGGUUCUAUACCGGUGCUGCAGCGAUGGCAUGGGCGGCCGUCGUCCAGCACUACAUUUACAAGACAAAUCCAUGUGGAUACUAUGCCGGUACCUGUGUCGACAACAACGGGAAUCCAUUGGUGUCCACCUUGAACGUGUGGAUUCAGAGCGGAUCAUAUGUUUUGAUUGCAUUUAGUGAGAUCUUUGCCACGAUCACGAGUAUGGAGUAUGCAUUCACUAAGGCACCGAGGAACAUGCGGUCACUUGUCAUGUCUAUGCUCCUCUUUACGAAUGCUAUCGCAUCUGCCGUAGGCGAAGCCUUUGUUUCCCUCUCGACUGACCCGCUGCUCGUUUGGAACUACGGUUCCAUCGCUGUUAUAUGUGGCAUUUCUGGCAUUAUUUUCUGGAUCCUCAUGAGGAAGUUGAAUUCUGAGGAAGACGAAUUGAACAAUAUGGCCGAAGGACGGUUUGAUUGA